UCUUUUUUGUUUUUCAAUUUGUUUUUUGAAUACAGCUUGUUGUAGUAUUGUAGAUAGAGACUCAUGUUUAUGUGUCUUCCCUUCAAAGUAAAGCUUCUCCUGUGAUAAUUUUUAUGAGGAGAAAUUUGUAAAAACACAUUAAGAACUAAACUUUUCAGCAGUUUCUUUUGUAGAAGCAUGAAUCUAGACUUUACAUUAACUUUGAUACUCUUUUCACCAACCCUCCUAGAGUUGUUUCAAUUACUGAAAUACCCUUGUAAAAUAACCAUUAUUACAAAUUUUUAAGCGUAAUGAUUUAGAUUUAUAUAAUAAUGUCCACCGACAGCUACUUAAUUGAAAUUAAUGUAUUGUUAUUGUUAGUAGUUAUACGCCUAUUCAUUCAUUUCCAUCAACAGCCAUUCUUAUAAUCCAUACUUUAUCUUUCAUAUCAAAAUUUAAUACAUGUUUUGGAAUUUUCCAAAGGGUAUUAAAUGAUUACUUGCUAAAGUAAAAUAAAUAAUCUUAGGAUGACAUCUAUAGGUAGGUCCCAUGGUUUUAAAUUAAGUUGUUGCUAUUGAUGUUAUUGCGGUUGUUGCGACCGCGGUCAUUGCUGUUAUUACAAGCCGAUGUUAAGAUUUUUUAUUACAUUUUGAUAUAAGUACUUGAAAAAUGUGGGCGAAAUUGUCUCAUACGAUUUUAAAUCACUCUGCAAUUGCAGAGACGAUCCCAUCAGUUAUAUUGUAGACAUAAUUGCGGUUACAAAAUGCACUUAAUUAUAUUUCUUAAUAAAUCAAAAAUUUGUUUUUUUCUUUCUUAUAAUUCAGGUCGGAGUAGUAUCACGUAGAUGUACUUCUAAUUUAGGGUCAAGACAUGAUGAAACUUUAUUGAUCAUAUAAUCAUUUCAACAACACUACUCCAACAAAUUUUCAAACCAUGGUGGAAGAUAGUACAGUUUCUGUUACAGUUGAUACAUGUUCAACAGAAGAAUGGUUGUUGAACUCACAAGAACUUGUUCCUAUUGCUCUUACUAAAGCAAAAGAGGUAAAAGGGUUUCUAGGUAGAUGGAAAAUGAUCGUUUCGAAAUUGGAACAAGUUCCGUCGAAGCUGUCAGAUUUAUCUAGCCACCCUUGUUUUUCAAAGAAUGCUCUUUGCAAGGAACAAUUGCAGGCUGUGUCGAAGACGUUAAGAGAAGCUAUUGAAUUAGCGGAGUUAUGUUUGAAGGAAAAGUAUGAAGGUAAACUAAGGAUGCAGAGUGAUCUCGACGCGAUGAUUGGAAAACUUGAUUUGAAUUUGAAGGAUUGUAGUUUGUUGACAAAAAGUGGUGUGCUUGGAGAAGCUACUUUGCAGUUCAAUGUUUCGGGUAUUAUAGCCGAAUCGGAUAUUGCAACGCAUGGAAAUAUAAAGGAAUUACUCGCGCGCCUUCAAAUUGGUCAUUUGGAGUCGAAAGAUAAAGCUUUGGAUAGAUUACAUGAGAUUAUGAAAGAUGAUGAGAAGACUGUUUUGGCUGCUUUUUGCAGGAGCAAUGUUGCUGCUUUGGUUCAGUUGCUUACUGCAACAUCACCGAGGAUUCGGGACAAAACGGUUAGUAUUAUAUGCUCGAUUGUGGAGUCGGGUAGUAGCUGCGAAAACUGGUUGGUUUCUGAAGGUGUUUUGCCACCUCUUAUAAGGCUUGUUGAAUCAGGUAGUGCAUUUGGUAAAGAAAAGGCUAUUGUAUCUCUUCAAAGGUUAUCGAUGUCGGAAGAGACUACUCGCGCGAUCGUCGGACACGGAGGGGUUCGUCCGUUAAUCGAGCUUUGUCAGGUUGGCGAUUCUGUCUCACAGGCGGCGGCAGCUUGUACUUUGAAGAAUAUUUCGGCUGUUCCAGAAGUGAGACAGGUUUUAGCUGAAGAAGGCGUUGUUCGGGUUAUGAUCAAUCUCCUCAACAACGGAAUGCUGUUAGGUACUAAAGAGUAUGCUGCCGAAUGUUUGCAGAAUCUCACCGCAAGCAAUGAGAAUCUGAGAAGGUCUGUUAUAUCCGAAAACGGCAUUCAAAGCCUUUUGGCUUUUCUCCACUCUCCAGUUCCUCAAGAAUCCGCCGUAGGCGCGUUGAAGAAUCUCGUCGGAUCGGUUUCCGAAGAAACCUUGGUUUCUCUCGGAGUUCUUUCUUGUCUGGUCCAUAUUUUGAAGUCAGGAUCAUUAGGCGCGAAACAAAAUGCCGCGUCCAUUAUAUGCAGGAUUUGUAGCUCGAUCGAGAUGAAGAAAAUGCUAGGCGAAGUUGGUUGCAUACCUCUAUUGAUCAACAUGCUCGAGGCGAAAGCAAACACUGCUAGAGAACUUGCAGCGCAAGCAAUAGCGAGUUUGAUGAUUCUGUCGCAGAAUCGGCGAGAAGUUAAAAAGGAUGUUAAAAGCGUGCCGAAUUUGGUACAGUUGCUUGAUCCUAGUCCACAGAAUACUGCAAAGAAAUAUGCAGUUUGUUGUCUUGGAUCACUUUCUUCAUGUAAGAAGUGUAAGAAGUUGAUGAUUUCAUAUGGAGCAAUAGGGUAUUUGAAGAAGCUUAUUGAAAUGGAGAUUCCAGGAGCUAAAAAGUUGCUUGAGAGAUUGGAAAGAGGGAAAUUGAGAAGCUUGUUUAGCAGAAAAUAGAGGAAAAACAACAUUUUCAUGUUUGUUUGUUGCAACUGUUUCUUUAAUUUAUCACUUUUGUUUUAAUCAAUGUUGUUUCAUUGUCUGAAUGAAACAAGUAGCUUGCUUGGAAUGUAAAAAACUCUGUCGAAUGCAAAAAAAAAAAAGCUCUUGCAAUCA